AUGUUCCUACGAUUUGACAGCAACAAGCAGAAUGAGACACAAGGCACAUGCGUGGGUCUACUGAGUCCGAAUGGCCUGUACUUGGAAGGGAGCAGUCCGCACAGCAGCUUUUUCGGAAGCCUAAUCUGUGCAGCCGAUGUCAUUCUGUGGACUGCGAGCACCGCUACAGUUUUGUGCUUGUCGUCGUGCACGCAGGCUCUCAAACAUCGUUUCUACCCAUUUGCACCGGGCGUUGCUCCAGAAGAGCUGGAGCAACUCCUCCUGAUACAUGCAUUCGAGGAUCUCCUGGCAAAGGCGCAGCCGGAACGAAGUUGGUGCUGCGCCGACAGGAUCUGGCGGGAGCAGAUCCCUUCAAGCCUGCUGGGUCAAACCCUGGAGGCCGCUCUGCGCUCCGAGCCCUUCGCGGAUGCCGCAUACCUACCGCGGCAUGAUGCACUGCUCCUGGCGCUGCACCAUAGGGCUGCUCCUGGACGUGUUCUUUGGCAUGCCUGGCAAGGGGAUCUCCUUGCCGACCCACAGGACGCCAAAUGGCAGUCUUCUGUGCUGGUAACGCAUCCGACCUACAACGACUGGGCGCAGGUUCAUGGGUCUGGUUUGGUCUCCUCUUCGACGCCAACGAAGCUCCAGGUGGUUGAAAACAUGGAUGCGCGAGACGUUGGCUACAAUGCCAUUGUAGAAAAGCUAGCGUGUCCUCCGGACGGGUCUCUCAUCCUGGUCUCGCGGAUGGAGUCGGGGAUCAG